UCUUCAGGGUAAUUAGCGAGCUGAGAAGACAGAAGUACUCAGUGAAGAUCUGUUGCAGAUUGAGCGGCGCCUGGACACGGUGCGGUCGAUGUGCCACCAGUCCCACAAGCGCCUGAUGGCCUGCUUCCAGGGCCAGCAUGGCACCGACACGGAGCGGAGACACAAAAAGCUCCCCCUGACUGCUUUGGCUCAGAAUGUGCAAGAAGCAUCGACCCAGCUGGAGGACUGUCUUCUGGGGAAGAUGCUGGAGACGUGUGGGGAUGCUGAGAAUCAGCUGGCCUUGGAGCUCUCGCAGCACGAAGUCUUUAUCGAGAAGGAGAUUGUGGACCCACUGUACUUCAUUGCCGAGGUGGAGAUUCCCAACAUCCAAAAACAGAGGAAACAGCUUGCUAAAUUGGUGUUGGACUGGGAUUCGGUCAGAGCCAGGUGGAACCAGGCCCACAAGUCUUCAGGAACCAACUUUCAGGGGCUCCCAUCAAAAAUAGAUACGCUAAAGGAAGAAAUGGAUGAAGCUGGAAAUAAAGUAGAACAGUGCAAGGAUCAGCUUGCAGCAGACAUGUACAACUUCAUGGCCAAAGAAGGGGAGUAUGGCAAAUUCUUCGUGACGUUAUUAGAAGCCCAAGCAGAUUACCAUAGAAAAGCAUUAGCAGUCUUAGAAAAGGCCCUUCCCGAAAUGCGAGCCCAUCAAGAUAAGUGGGCGGAAAAGCCAGCCUUUGGGACUCCUUUGGAAGAACACCUGAAGCGCAGCGGGCGGGAGAUCGCGCUCCCCAUUGAGGCCUGCGUCAUGCUGCUCCUGGAGACCGGCAUGAAGGAGGAGGGUCUUUUCCGAAUUGGGGCUGGGGCCUCCAAGUUAAAGAAACUGAAGGCUGCUUUAGAUUGUUCUACGUCUCACCUGGAUGAAUUCUAUUCAGACCCCCAUGCUGUAGCAGGUGCUUUAAAGUCCUAUUUGCGGGAACUGCCUGAACCUUUGAUGACUUUUAAUCUGUAUGAAGAAUGGACACAGGUUGCAAGUGUACAGGAUCAAGACAAAAAGCUUCAAGAUUUAUGGAGAACAUGUCAGAAGCUGCCACCACAAAACUUUGUUAACUUUAGGUAUUUAAUCAAGUUCCUUGCAAAGCUUGCUCAGACGAGCGAUGUUAAUAAAAUGACUCCCAGCAACAUUGCAAUCGUGUUGGGCCCUAAUUUGUUAUGGGCCAAAAAUGAAGGGACACUGGCCGAGAUGGCCGCAGCCACCUCCGUCCAUGUGGUUGCUGUCAUCGAGCCCAUUAUUCAGCACGCGGACUGGUUCUUCCCUGAAGAGGUGGAAUUUAAUGUCUCAGAAGCAUUUGUACCUCUUGCUACCCCGAAUUCUAAUCACUUUCCCCACACUGGAAAUGACUCUGACUCGGGCACCCUGGAGAGGAAGCGACCAGCCAGUAUGGCGGUGAUGGAAGGGGACUUGGUGAAGAAGGAGAGCUUUGGUGUGAAGCUUAUGGACUUCCAGGCCCACCGGCGGGGUGGUACCCUAAAUAGAAAGCACCUGUCCCCCGCUUUCCAGCCGCCACUCCCGCCCACAGAUGGCAGCACCUUGGCGCCAGCGGGCCCAGAGCCCUCUCCCCAGAGCACUAGGGCUGAAAGCAGCGCAGGGGGUGGGACUGUCCCCAACUGUGCGGGCACGCUGGAGCAGGGGCCGAGCCCGGGCGAUAGCAGCCCUCCGAAGCCCAAGGACUCUGCAGCUGUGCCUGCAUCGGGGAGAAACAACAGUCAGAUGGCCACGGGCCCGAGCCAGGCCCAGUCCUCCACUGGCUCUCACCAGCUCUCUGUGGGCCCCGCACACAAUUCUGCCGGCCCCAGUCCGCAUACUCUGCGCCGGGCUGUUAAGAAACCUGCUCCAGCGCCCCCCAAGCCAGGAAACCCCCCUCCGGGCCAUCCCGGGGGCCAGAGUUCUCCAGCAACAUCUCAGCACCCCCCCAGCCUGUCACCGAAACCAGCCACCCGAAGUCCUUCUCCACCCACUCAGCACCCAGGCCAGGCUCCGGGCCAGCCCAGCACACCCUCGCAGCUCUCGGCGGCCCGGAGGUACUCCAGCAGCCUGUCUCCCAUCCAAGCACCCAGCCACCCGCCGCCACAGCCUCCAACACAGGCCACGCUGCUGGGGCCCGGCAAGCCAGGGGGCCAGGGCCUGCCCGGGGAGCCCGGACUGGAGCAGCCGGCCCCCACGCCACCCCACACCCCCACGCCUCCCAGCACUCCGCCCUUAGGAAAGCAGAACCCAGGCCCGCCUGCCUCGCAGGCCCCGGCGGGGAGUAACCCAGAGACUGUGCAGCCGCAUGCUGGAACCUUGCCGAGACCGAGACCAGUACCAAAGCCGCGGAACCGCCCCAGCGUGCCCCCGCCUCCUCACCCCCCGGGCGCCCACUCAGCUGUGGAAGGCAGCCUGGCCAGCGCAGCGCCCACCGCUUCCAAGAUAGUCACGGAUGACCUUGCUAGUGCCCUCACAGGCUUGAGGUGUAGUGGAAAGAACACAUACUGUAAAGUCGGACCUGCCUGGAUUAGAAUUCCAGCUCUCUGUGUGACACCUCAUCUGUGAAAGAUGCAGUGAAAGUUACUGUUGAAGGGGUUCCAUUAGAUAACUAAUAAAAGCAUCUUGACAUACAGUGGGUCUCAAUCAGUGGUACAUACUUAUUGUCAUUUUUACCUAGAAAAAAAUACCAGGCUAGCCAUUAGAUGCAUUUGCUAAUGUUAAAAAUGUAAUGAAAUAGAAGUAUAUAAAUUUUAAAAAUUUAUAUAAAAUUUUAAAUUUUAAAUUUUUAAAGAGCCUGUGUCCUCUGAGUUGACCCACCCCCUGGAGUUCCCUUGUAGCUGUUCCAUUGUGGGUUUAAAAGACAGCAGUCGAAGUAGAAGCUACUUCUUAGUCGCACGUACCUGAGAACCCCCAGCCCUGUGCGCGCUGUGGGGCCCAGCCCUCUUGACGCCGUGAAGCACAGCGCUCGACUGGUUCCCGAGCGUCCUCCUCUCGAAACUGAACUCUGAGUCGCAAGAGGCGUGUAUUUAACGCAAGCAGACGGUAGAGAGAAUUUGGGGACUAGCAGCACUGAGGUCGCCCUCCUGCCUGCGGAGCGGUCUGUGACUCAUACUCCCUUUUUUUCUUCCAGUUUUUUCCCUAAAAGGGGUGUGGAGGGGGUGUGAGCAUAAUUGUGUGGCAUGCAUAGGUUUGAUCUUGGCAUUGAAAAUUUUUCCUUUAUGUUACAUGCAAGAAUGUGGUUGUUAUAACCACCUUUUUUAGUAGCUGCUAGUAUUUCUUUAAGCAGCUGUAUUAUUGCUCAUAGUAGGACAGUCCAGUGACUUCUGCUUCUACUUGGAGUUUGUUUUUAAUAAGUAGAUAUAGCCAUGAGAGGUGAACAGGGCCUCCUUUGUCUAAAAUAAUAGACUGUUGCCUCAAAGCCUCUCACAGCCCUGAAAACUCUCAGAGCAGGCUGGGGAGUGUUCUUGUGACCCCUACAGCGGUGCCUGCACUGUCUUACUUAGAGUGUAUUGGGUUGUUACCUAUCAGAAUGACCCUCACAGUGACCUUGGACUUUUUGAAGUGCACGCUUACAACCCAGAGCACACCUUCAAGGCUGCCGAAGUGUCAGGUCUUCUAGGAACAUGCCCAUGUGUAGAAUGCCAGCUCUGGCCCUCACAGGGCCUGCUUCUGCUAAUGACAUUCAGGAAAAAAAGGAAUUUGGCUCCGUGUGUCCAAGCCCCAGAUCAGAGGAAAAGCACCUCACAUUCUGCCUCUGAGUUUCCUGGGCUCCCCUCUCUGUUUGAUUUUUUUUUUUAAUAAUAUAAUAAUUUAUUUUUACAUCAUUUUGUACCUUUUUCC